AUGAACCAUUGCUGGCGGACAAUCAAUGGCGGAAGCCGGCAGCGUGGAAAGUCUAUGAAAUUUGCUCGGUUGAUUUCAUCAACCUCUGGAAUUUGGACUAAAAAUAGCUCACAGUUUCUUUUAAAUACUUUCUCACAAAGAUUUUUCGCCAGAUUGAAUUCUAGCGCCAUGGAAAAUCAGGGAAGUGCAACUGCCAACGGCGCGGUGGAGAAGACCGCCAGUCAGCUCAAGAAAGAGGCCCAAAGGCAGGCAAAGUUGGAAAAAUUCGCCAAAAAGAAAGAGAAGGAGGCAGCUCAGAUGGAGGGUCAGAACCAGAAAAAGAAGGAUAAAAAGAAAAAAGAAACAACCAAGAAAGUUUUUGUGUAUGACAAACCAACAGCUCCAGGAGAAAAGAAAGAUGUCAGUGGAGUUAUGCCUGAUAGUUACAGUCCUGUUUAUGUGGAAGCUUCUUGGUAUGCUUGGUGGGAAAAGGAGGGAUUUUUCAAGCCUGAAUAUGGGCGCAAGAGCCUUCAAGAGCCCAAUCCAAAAGGUUUAUUUAUGAUGUGUAUUCCUCCACCCAAUGUGACAGGGUCACUUCAUCUUGGCCAUGCCCUCACUAAUGCUGUGGAAGACUGUAUUACAAGAUGGAAUCGUCAGAUUGGAAAGACAGCAUUAUGGAAUCCAGGGUGUGAUCACGCAGGAAUAGCCACGCAGGUUGUGGUGGAAAAGAAGUUGAUGCGCGAACAAGGUCUAUCGCGACAUGAUUUGGGAAGAGAGAAAUUUGUAGAAGCGGUGUGGAAAUGGAAGAAUGAAAAGGGCGAUCGUAUCUAUCAGCAGCUGAGAAUGAUGGGAGUUUCUGUUGACUGGGAUAGAGCUUGUUUCACCAUGGAUCCUAAACUCAGCAGGGCCGUGAAGGAAGCAUUCAUUAGACUCCAUGAUGAAGGACUCAUCUACCGAAACAGACGGCUGGUCAACUGGUCAUGUACCUUGAAUUCUGCCAUCUCUGAUAUUGAGGUUGACAAAAAGGAAUUACCUGGAAGAACACUGCUACCUGUCCCAGGUUAUGAAAACAAAAUAGAGUUUGGAGUAUUGGUGCAUUUUGCUUACCCUGUGGAAGGUUCAGAUGAGAAGCUGAUUGUUGCCACCACUCGUGUGGAAACAAUGUUGGGUGAUACAGCCAUUGCAGUGCAUCCAAAUGAUCAGAGAUACAAG